AUAAGAGAUGUCCGAUUUAGUUCAUAAAUGUGAGCAGGUCAUUUCCGACUCGAGUCACACGUUCUUUAAUGAGACUAAUUAAAUUGUAGGCUUAUCCCCCCUCCUUGGAAACAUUUGACUGUUGACAACUUCACUUCCCCUGAAGAAACUUCUAAAUGAGCUUCCUAAAUGAGGCCGUGAGGGAGCGAGAUCGAUGCACGCUUGCACAAACAGCCCAGACACCUUCACUCAUCAGUGGAACCCAUUAGUGUCCCUCUCUCUCCUCAGACAAUCCAAAACAAGUACGCACAUGUGUGUGUGUCCCCACAGACCACCGGACAUGUCACCAUCCUUGUCCAUCAGGACUGAAAUUAACCAGCCUCCCAGAGGCCUGGCACUGCCUUCUAAACCCCCACCAACACCCACACAAUGACACGUGAACACACACACGCACGCACACAGGGCAGACAAACAGGGCAGACAAAGACAGAAAACACACCUUGUACCGUCCUUCUUCCUAAUGACUCUCCCAUGAAGGUCACCAUCUAAUUCUCUGGAGCCGAACGAGAAACGCAUGCAGAAAACAUUCAACUCCCCUGCAGUAAGAUCAGGGAGAGGUGAAGUCUAUAUAACACAUGUCAUAGCCACUCUGAGACACAUUGAGGAAGGUGUGCAUCCACAGGGCAGUGUGGGCGAGGGUGGGUCGUGAUCUCAGUUGAGGUAGCGAUACGGCUUCAGAUCAAUAUUGACUCUUUCUACCGACGACUGAGAUUCAGAGGGAACACACCGGAAAAGCUCUCGACCUACUCCAGUAUUCCACUUUGAUAUCAUCUGGCUAUUUGGGUAAGUAGUGCUUCUGAUUUAGUGGUGUGUUUUUGUUGUUUAGAGAGAAGACGAGACGAAAACAUUUUGAAAGUUUUGACCAGUAGCUGUUGUUCCUUUUUCCUAGUCAAACUUAUGCAAAUAAAUUGCCUCACACGGUAGCCAUGAAUAUUAUUUUUAGUCAAAGUUAUGCAAAUAAAUUGCCUCACACGGUAGCCAUGAAUAUUAUUUUUAUCAAAUUUCUCGUCUUUGUCUCUUUAGGAGAAUGUACGCCAACAUCACCAGCACCAUGAACAACUCCUCUUUCAACAACACCUCGACCCUGUCCUCCACUCCAUCCCAGCAACCUCUCUGGAACUUCUCCACCUCCACCCAGUCCUCCACCCUUUCCUCCCUCUCUUCAGCCCCUCCCUCCUCUGAUGUGGUGGUGUCCCCCAACGUGCCCUACAUGGCGGCAGAGCUGGUCAUCGCCAUCCUCUCCACCGUGGGCAACCUGCUGGUGUGCGCCGCCGUGGGGCUCAACAGGAAGCUGCGCACGGUCACCAACUACUUCCUGGUGUCCCUGGCCGUGGCCGACAUCUGCGUGGGGGCGCUGGCCAUCCCGUGCGCCAUCCUGACGGGCGUGGGCGUGCCCCGCCACGACCUCUACCUGUGCCUGCUCAUGCUGAGCGUGCUCAUCAUGCUGACCCAGAGCUCCAUCUUCAGCCUGCUGGCCGUGGCCGUGGAGCGCUACGUGGCCAUCUUCAUGCCGUUCCGCUACCACACGCUGAUGACGCCGCGCAACGCCGUCCUGGUCAUCCUGGUGACGUGGGUCCUGGCGUUCCUCAUCGGCCUGGUGCCGCUGAUGGGCUGGCACAAGACGCCACCCGAGUCGGGCUACUGCUUCUUCGUGCUGGUGGUGGACAUGACCUACAUGGUCUACUUCAACUUCUUCGCCUGCGUGCUGGCGCCCCUGGUGGUCAUGUUCCUGAUCUACGCGCAGAUCUUCCUGACGGUCAAGCGGCAGAUGCGGCGCAUCGCCACCGAGCGGCGCGUCGGCGGCGCGGGCGUGGCCGAGGGGCAGGCGGCGCGGGCGGCCAACAUGAAGAAGGAGCUGAAGACGGCCACCUCGCUCUUCCUGGUGCUCUUCCUGUUCACGGCGUGCUGGAUCCCGCUGCACGUCAUCAACUGCUUCCUGCUGCUGUGCCCGCGCUGCCCCGUGCCCCUGGAGCUGCUGCUCACCGCCAUCAUCCUCUCCCAUGCCAACUCGGCCGUCAACCCCUUCCUCUACGCCUACAAGAUGAAGGUCUUCAGGGAGUCCUUCAAGGCCAUCUUCCUCUGCUGCCGGACGAUGGGGGACGGACAGGAGGGGCCCAGCUGCGAUGGGGGCGGGGCCGCCAGGGGUUAAGUAGCCCGUCUAGGUCACAUCGUUGGUCGUGAGACACUAUGUAUUUGAGGUCCGACGAGCUACCAUGUGAGUAAUGUACACAAGUGGGCCCUGACCGCAAUUCAAGUAAAGCUAGGGCUGGUGGACACGGGAGGUGAAGCAACCGUUUUGUUUAGCUGUCAACUCAGGUCAGAUGUGGUAUGAAAAAACUCAAAGUGCUCCUGAAUGUAUAUCCACCGGUGUGUAAAUAGACUUAUGUCAUUGAAAAGAAUCCCUGUUCUAGCUGUUGAACUACCCCGGGUUAAAGAAAUAGCACUGCACUGUUGUCCUUGCUUCCCUACACCUUUUAACAGACAGCAGCGCCAUGGCGGCGACGGCACAAACCCC